GCUAUCUAACUGGGGCUGAAGUCCUGACCGUUACUGAAAGUCCCGUCGGCGUGCGGAUUCGCGUGCUGUGCUGAGUUCGUGUGUGGAUUGAAUGGUCAAUAAUGUGCGAUUGAGACCCUCUACAUUGUGUUUUGGAGCGUUCUUGAAGCCAUCUUUGAAGCUACUUAGCAUUAAAAAGCCAGCUGAGGAGGAGGAAGAAGGGCUUAGGACAUACACCAUCAGCGAAAGUCGAUGGCGGCGCCGGCCGAGGAGGAGCAGUACGAGGACGAGGAGGACGGAAGCCAGCUGGCUGGCGGCAGCGGCCGGCGCCGCUUCUUCAGCAAGGAGCUGCGCUGCAUGAUGUACGGCUUCGGCGACGACCAGAACCCGUACACGGAGAGCGUCGACCUGCUCGAGGACCUGGUGAUCGAGUUCAUCGCGCAGAUGACGCAGCGCGCCAUGGAGGUGGGCCGGAACGGUCGCGUCCAGGUCGAGGACAUCAUGUAUCUGGUGCGCAAGGAUCCGCGCAAGUAUGCACGCGUGCGCGACCUGCUCUCCAUGAACGAGGAGCUGAAGAAGGCGCGCAAGGCCUUCGACGAGGUCAAGUACGCGGCCACGUGAGGCGUCCUUGGGAUCGAAGCCGAGGUCACACGGCUCCCUUGGCAGCCAAGUUGACGACCCAUGCCCCCGCAGAUAGUCGUGCCGCUGGCGGGGGAGGGGUAGACGGAGCGUGGCGCCGCUGCAGUUGGGCGUGUGGCUGACGGGAGGUGCCCUGGAGCCGGAUGGGUCUCAGCGGGCGGCGAUGUGUUGGCUGUGGUUGUGUUGAAGUCACAGCCGUGACGUCAGGGACCGCGCCGCCAGGUACAAACAGUGCUAUCGUCCGGCAUCUUCAAUUUAUCAGGCGCUAAGCCUCUGAUUUUAUGUUUGGCCACUUUUGUGUUGUUUAAAUUUGGUUGGUUAUAACUAUGAACCUUUUGAUUACGCAGGUCUUCUGAAAUUGCAUGACAGAUGUGGGACAGUUUAGGCGACAAGCACUGUAGAAAGCGAGGAAUGUCACAUGUAUACUGAACCAGUACGUACGGCACGCUCGGCUGUCGUGUCCGGUUAACCAAUAACUAUGAGAAGUGUUUGCAAUCGUUUCAAUGAACCUUGUGCACCAUUGAUGCGCGACGUGUGAUGUGAUCUAAAAUGAAAAUAAUCCUCUCCGCACCGUUGUGAGUUGUUCCAUUUCAUACGCCCUCAUCUUGGAAUAAAGAUCUUUUAUAAGGUGUCAUGA